CUAACCUACAGCGAAGUGCGUAGGAAUUUGGACUGCUUUCGGGCGCGUGUGUGUGUGGGUGAGGGCACACUGUACAGUACGUACGCUGGCAGGCGGAACGCCGAGCAGCGAGUCCACGAGAGCGACUACGAGGCAGGGCUGCCGAGGAACGGCGCUUCAGUAGGACAGGCAGUCCUUCGGCUGACGGUCAACGCGAGCGAAAAGCCAGAAAAGAGCAGCAGCAGCAAGGACUUGGGCAGCACGAAAAACAGUAAAAAUUAGGAAAAGCACUGAGCAGCGGCACAAGCGACAGCAACUGGAGAACCACUGGGGAGCGGCACAGGACUUGGCAGACACGGGAAGGACACCACUAAUAUCUGGAUCUAUUAUCACCGCACAUCAGCACAUCAAUUUGCAUGUCUUCGUUCGUUUGCGCUGAAUAUGAAGUAAACAAAUACAUGAGCCACGCCAUAAAUGUCAAACUGAGGUGUGCCGAUUAUCAUGGCAAGCAAUGUACAACAACGGCAGCACCAUCCAUGCACCACAACUGAAGAGCCGAAGCACCAGAGAGCACGCGGAGCAGCCGGGCAGCAGGAGUCGGCGAGCGGGGAGUGCCAGCAGUCCUGGUCUAGUCAGCAGCGAGAACCCAUCGACCAGCAACAGCAUCGGCAGGAGGACCAGGAUCCGGAGCAGCACCACUCGGCGCCGCCGGAGCCAGUGCAUCACCACCGAAGUCCGCGCCAGCACGAGCUACUGCACCACCAGCGCAAGGUGCCGCCGACGCUGCCCGCCCGCGGUCGUCUGCUGAUCAGCGAGGGCGCCCGCCGGCGCGAGGUGCGUGGCUGCGGGGCGGGGGGCGGCGGUCUGCUCUGCUGCAGCCUGGACGCGCUGAGUCGUCCGGCCAAGCUAGUGCAAUUCGGAGUCUUCCUGCUGAUUCUGCUGCUCGCCACGCAUGGAGAUCUUGCUCAAGCGGAGGGCAAUGUUGGCUGCCAGUUUGUUAGGACGCUGUGCAUACCGCACUCCGAGGUCUGCUACGAUGACAACAUCUUCGGCAAGUGCAUUCCAACCACCGGUGUGGACGUUGAGGACAUUGAGAGGACACCACUCACUGAGGACCAGUCCCGUGUGCUGGCCACCAUGCUGGAGGAACUCCAGGGCGCCGGCCUAGGAUGGGACCAUCCGUACGUGCAGUGCCGCAUCCAGGGGUCACUAUUCUCGCUCCAGCGACAACAGCAACUUCCGCCGAAUCUGUGCGCGAACCUGGCGCCGACUCCUCCGGAGUUCGGGGAUCCGGCGAGUGCGUUGGCCUACGUGCGCUUCACGCCGCCGGAACCGGAAGCCGAACUGGACUACUACGAGCAGCCCGGCGGUCCGGCGCAGUUCUAUCCGGCAUUGCGGAAGAAGCAGGAGCGGGAAAGCGAUGCGGACGAUCUGUACCUCAACAGGAUGCUGCAGGAUCGCCGGCGGCUGAGGCACGAUCCCUCGGAGCUGGAGCACUUCGGCAAGAUGGACGCGCACGGGCAGAGUACCCAGCUGGACGCGCCGAGCAUCAUGGACGCCUUCCUGGACACCGAGCGCCAGAGGAUCGAGCGCGAGCAGCAGUUGGCGGCGGCGGAGCAGGAUGCCGAUCGGCGCGCGGAGCAGAACCGGCUGGAACUGUACCAGAUUCUGGCCGCCUCCGAGCCUGAUCCGCAGCCGUACCAGCGGAAGCCGGCGGCGCAGCCGAAUGCCAUGGACCAACUGGAGGCCAUUGUGGAGCAGCAGCAGCAGCGCGAGCUGAAGGAGCAGCAGGAGCAGGCCAAGGCACCGGUCUACGUGCCACCCGAUGAGGUCAACGAGUCCAGCGAGCUGUACUUCCCGGACAACUUUGCCCCCUUCAAGAGAGCAAGGGGUCACUCCAGAGGGGGCUUGGCCGAGGAAGUGGCGGUGCGGGACGACCAGCCGAAGCGCUCCUUCUUCCGCGAACUGGCCGACGAGCAGGGAUUGGUGCAGGAGCCGCCUUUGAGCUUCAGGCAUGCGGAAACCGAAGUGGACGCCAAUCCCGAGCUGGCCAAACGCCGUCCCGCGACCUUCAAGCAGCUGGAUCCCUACGAUGUGAGCCUGCAGCAGCAGGAAAUGGCCUUCGAGUCGGGUCUGUUGAGGAACUCGCUGACGCCUCUCGAAGAAGAGGCCAUGCUGGCCUCCAACAGUUUCCCCCGGCAGACGAAGAGCCAGCGGGUCUACACCGAAGGUGGGCUGCUCCUGAUGCCGCAGGACGAACCGGAAACCGACGGCAUGCAGGCCGAUGAGCCGGAGAACGUGAAGCAGUCGCUGCUGGCCAACAUGCUGGGAUUCGCCCGCCACGAACGCCUGGAUGUGAAGAAACCCGGACCGCUGCUAGGACCCCCGUCCUUGGGCUCCGCGGAGCUCACCAACCAGCUGGAGACGGAGAAGGCGCGCAAGCAGGAGGGCCAUGGCAACAAGGAGGUCCUGCCCGCCCACAUCAAGGGCAAUGCCGAGGACGAUGCCCACAAGAAGAAGAAGGUCAUGAAGCAGCAGCACUCGGCCGAGGAUCAUGCGCCGCACACCGUAGACACUGAAUAUGUGCAUGUGUUCGUCAAGAACCCAAUCGACAGUUGGAACGAUGGGCAGCGCAUCAUGAAGGAGCUGGAGCAAAUACUACACAUGCAGGGAUACUUUUCUUAUUUAACCGUUCAACAACACGAAGUCAGCUUCCGGGUGAACUCAAACAACCCCGAGCGCAAAACCGCCGGCGAUGUGGCACGGACCAUCAACGAGAACCGCGGCGUGAAGAACAACAUCCAGCGACGCGUCGGGUUCUAUGUGCUGCACGCCGGGGUGGGUGACGUGAUCAAGGACCUGCAGGACCCCAGUGUCUCGUCCUCUCGGAUCGAGCUGGCCGAGCAGGGGCCCGACGUCACCCACAUCAUGGCCUACAUGUUCGCUGGCGCCGGAGCGGCCGCCGUGAUCGUGAUCUUCGUCACCCUGAUCCUGAUCAAGCGGCACGACCGCAAGCGGGACAAGCUGGGCGGUCUGCAGUCCGGCAUUGCGGGAGCGGAGACCUGCAGCAAGGACUACCAGGAACUGUGCCGGGCCAGGAUGGCUGGCAAGGCGGGCGGCGGUGGCAAUUCGACCGGCGGAGCUGCCGGCGGUGGGUCAAACGAACCGGCGCCGAGCGGGCGGAUUACAUCGCUGAGCAAGGAGAACGAAGGUCGCCCGCCAUCCUCGCGGUCCAGCACAUCCUCCUGGAGCGAAGAGCCAGCACUGACGAACAUGGACAUCUCUACCGGGCACAUGGUGCUGUCUUACAUGGAGGACCACUUGCGCAACAAGGGACGAUUGCAGCGGGAAUGGGAGGCCCUGUGCCGCUACGAGGCGGAGCCCAGUGCUCGGGAGGCUGCCUCCCAGCCGCAAUGUGCGGGUCUCAACAGGCCCGGAGCUCCCCUGCCGUAUGACCACUCGCGCGUAGUGCUCAACCACCUGGCCAACGCCGAAGGACUCGACUAUGUGAACGCAUCGACGAUUACCGAUCACGAUCCACGUGCGCCCGCCUAUGUGGCCGCCCAGGGUCCACUUCCAUCGACCCUGGCCCACUUUUGGCAGAUGAUCUGGGAGCAGGGAGCCGUCGUCAUCGUGGCCCUCUGCCGCCUGCAGGAGAACGGGGAGGUGGCCUGUGCGCGCUACUGGCCGGAAGAAGGUGCCGAGGUGUAUCACAUCUAUGAGGUUCACCUUGUUAGUGAGCACAUUUGGUGUGACGACUACCUCGUACGUUCUUUCUACCUGAAGAACCUGCGCACCAGCGAGACCAGAACGGUCACCCAGUUCCACUUCCUCUCCUGGCCGCACAUGGGUGUGCCCGCCCAGGCGAAGGCGCUGCUGGACUUCAGGAGGAAAGUGAACAAGUCCUACCGGGGACGUCGCUCCUGUCCCAUUGUGGUGCACGGAAGCGCCGGAGCCGGCAGGACGGGCGCCUACAUCCUGCUGGACCUGGUGCUCGAGCGGAUGAACAAGGGAGCGCGGGAGAUCGACAUCGCCGCCACCUUGGAGCACCUGCGUGACCAGCGGGCCGGCGUGGUGGCCACGCGACAGCAGUUCGAGUUCGUGCUGAUGGCUGUGGCGGAGGAGGUGCACGCCAUCCUGAAGGCCCUGCCGGCGAACACCUCCGGCGAGAAGCGGGAGCUGGACAAGGAUCCUGUGGUGGGCGGCGGCUCCGGCGGCUCCAGCAGCAGCACCACCAAGGAGCCUCUGAAGGAGGACAAGGCGCAGGAGGCAGCCGAGGAGGAGGCGCCCACCAGCAGUUCCAAGGCGGCCGCCGCGGCCAAGAGGGAGAAGGAGAAGGAUAAGGAGGAGCGGCAGGCGAAGGUCGCCGAGCCGAGGACGCCAGCGAAACCGGCGAAGCAGGCGAAGAAGUAAGCCAAUCCGAUCCAGGAUCGGGUUGAAGGUUAAGCCUCAGGUUAAUGAUUGUUGCAGCGUUUCGGGGGUCUUUUCAGUUCGUUAUAGUUAGUAAUGAGUUGAGUUCGCGUUUGAUUUUGAUUUGGCGUGAGCACUGGGAAGGUUCCAGGUGCACGCCGCGAAGGCUUCACGAGAUUGUCAGCAGGAGGACAUUACAUCUUCGGUUAUCUACACCGCGCCGAGGAGCACAACAACUGCCGGAAAGGGCAUCCCCGGACGUGCCACGCCGCCCCGGUCUGCACCAGCCCGUGAGACCCGGGGUGCGUCCAUGUGGGCGGAUUCCCGAGCGGCGGAGUUGUGCGGCGCAAGCAACUAUAGAAGCGCACGAUAUAUAUACAUAUAGCAUAUUUGAGUGUUAAAGGAUAUACAAGAAUAUUUACAACCAUGCCAUAACUUAUAUUAUAUACAUGUCUAGCUGUUAAGCAUUGGAUUCAAUUAUGAGGCAUUUUACUUACUCGUACAUUACUCGAUAUCGAUGUUGGCAUUAAACUUAAACUCUAAUCGAUGUGCUUGAAAACCAGCAAACGAACGACAACAAUCGCUGAACGGUAUACAUAUGCCAAGCCAGACAGAACUAGAACACGAAUACACUGAGAAAAACACUCUACACUGUACCACUCACAUGCCACAUACCCACAUACCCACAUACAUAUACAAGACAGACAUAUACAAGAAUGAAGAUUGCAAAAUUUGUACCUAACAAACAAAGUUCUAUUUACAACAUGAAACGAGAGAGUUUGAGGAGGAGCAACUAUUGAUGUGUAUGACAAUUAAUUAUACAAGGAUAUAAUCACACUUAACAGAUAUAUUUGUAUACAACAUAUAUUAUUCAUAUACAAUAUGGUGAACGUCAUUAUCUAUCCAACCAGCAUGGGUGUUUUACCAGACCAUAUGUAUGUGUGCGAAGUCAAGAAAUUGUUCAGUUAUCAAUCGCUCCUAGACGUAAGCCACACUUGAUUGUAUCACAACUACUAUGUGUACUACAUUACUAUAUGCGUAUAUUAUCGAAGUAAGUACAUAAAUGUCAGAGGAACGGCACCGAAGCUCCAGCAACUGCCGGCCAGUCCGCUCCUCGGCCUUGGAUCCACGAUCUACUUCACCACCUGAGGCAGCUAAACACAUGGGUCGGGGGGCGGAGGGGGUUACUGGGGGAGGUUGGAGCUUCGCGUGCCGUUAGAAGUAUGUGCCACAAACUGCAGAAUAUCACCGGGGAAACGAAAUUGAAAAAUCAAAAAAAAAGAAAAGCCAAAAAAAAAAUAAGACAAGGAGAUGCAAUACACUGAAUUGCAGCCUUGGAAAGCUGGAUAGAACAUCUCCAGCCCAAUACCUAUACCCCACAUCCAGUGACGACCCGGAACGAACCCGGACAAACAGGAAACGCACCACGGAAUAUAUCUAGAUAGCCACAGGAACCAAACGACACACCACACUGCACACACCACACGAAAGAUACAAAGAUACAGCGACCAGGCACAGUUACCGAUUCCGGCAUCCGACGAGAAAAAAACGCGAAAAACCCAAAAAUACAAAUGAAAUAAGCUCAGAUUGAGGAGGACGUAAGUGCAAGUGCUGCAAAUUAGCAAAGAAAUAUUCAAAAAAAUUAUCAAAUAAAUAAUACCAUACUUAGCAGUUUACGUAGCAGUUGAACUUAAGCAUAAUGAAAAUGAGUUAUCGUAGUUCGAAUUAUUCCAUGACGACAAAGAUAGAAUACAUUUCAGCUAAACGUAAGCAAAACGCAAAAAAGAAAAACGAAUAUGAAAAAUUAUAAUCUCGACGCAAAACUGUUAAUUUCUUAGCAUUUUUCCUUCGUUGAACACCCAGAACACUACUUACACUACACUACAAGUAAAAGCAAAUGAGAAAACAAUAUUACAAUAACUGUGGCAAGUCCGAACAACAACUUGGGGCUUGCGAAAGAAAAAAUGAGAAAAUUAUUAACGUGGUAGAAAAAGAAAAAGAAAUAAGAAAUAUGAGCAUAGUUAAACUUAAUUGUUUUAGAGCAAAAUAUUUAGUAGUGAGUUUUUCGAUUGAUUUUCGAGUACUUGAAGCAACGUUUUUCAAAGUUAUUAAGAUACAUACGAAUACAACUACGACAAUUUCAAUUCAAAUGUUCUUCGACGAAAAAAUACAAAUUAAAUAAGUGUACUAACAAGCAACGUAAAUGUAUCGUAUUAUAGUCAAUCGCAUAUAAAGGCAAUUAUUGAUGUAUAUUUCGACAUAACCAUAAACAUAACGUGUUAAUGAUAAACGAGGAGGAAACAACAACCAUGCGUAGAAAAUUGAAGGAACUUACAUAUAAAACCACUUAUUAUAUGAUGAUGCAUAUAUGUCUAACGGACUUUCCAUUCAAGAAUAAACAACAUACAUACUCGUAUAUGUAAAAUCGUACCUAUUGCGUGUAGUACCCAGUAUGCGAAAGGGUAGCUACGCACAACCGAAGCAUUCAUCAUUUCCCCAAUCUAUUUUCAUUGAUGGUGUAACAUAGAUAUACAAAACCAACUAGCGAAACCUAAUUUAUUAUUUGUAAGGCAAGCAUAUUAAAGGGAAGCAGAAGAAGAUUAAAUCGAAGCCAGAGCAGCAAGAGCUGCAGAUCCAAACUGGAAACUGGCCAAUGGAGACCACUGCCAUCUGGCCAGUGCUCGACCUUCGACCUUCAACGGGCAGCCCGGGAUGUUGCCGCGGCACUCGGAUCGGAGCAGAUCAGAUCAUCAGGCGAUCAGGCGCUGAUGAGCUGGUGGAGAAGACGACCUACCAAGGACCGACCGACUGACGCCACGAACCCAGAACGAGGAUACAAAAUGGUUUGAGUUCCUAAAGAAACAUAACCCGACCACCAACAACCGGACGGACACCGAUCCCCGAGAUCCCAGAGACCCGGGAACUGGCUGUAUAUACGCACAUCUCACUCCGGACUAGCAGCUACUCCCGACCAGAUACAGAUACAUACAGCACAGAUACUGAAACUGACUCUGAUACUGAUACGGAAAACCGGGACUGACCGAUCGGACCGAAUUAGCAUUAGGCCUACACAAUGAGAUUCACGUUGAGACGAGAGAUCGGAGUGCGGCAACUUCGGGAGCUGUUCCACCAAGGUGAAGGGUCAGGCGGCUGGGCCAGAUGGGCAGCUGGACAGAGGAGGACAUGUGACUCCACGUCAUGUGACUGGAGAAACGCGUAAAAGUUAUCAGAGGGGCAACCAAACUUGGUCUGAGGUUCUCACUGUUUUAUUUCGGAGGAUUGAGUUUGGUAACCGCGGAGAUAAUAUACAAAUACAAAUAAAUACAAAACGCAAUUCAGGCACAAAAAGUGGGGAAUAUUCGAGGCAUUGAUUAGCAGGAGCAGCAGAGUGAAAGUUAAUUCUGCUGCUGUUAAUUCAAUUGGCUGUCGAGUAGCAAACCAAUAAAAAACGAGCAGGCUUU